GCUGUCCCCGGGGGCCGUGCCGGGCCAGCCCCAGUGCCGCCGCUGCCGGCUCGCCCCGCAGCGCGGAGGUGGGGUGGGGGCCGCGGCGAAUCCCGCUCCAGCCGCGGGGAUCCAGGGCGCGUUUUGCCGCCUGCCGGGAGGGCUCGGUGCGGCGAGCGCCCCGCCGAGCCGCCCCCUCCCCGCUCCCUCCCGGAGGGUCCGGCCAGGGGCGACGCGCGCCGCCGCCGCCGAGAGCACGUUUCGCGGCCCGGGGCUCCCUCUCCCGCGCCUGGGCUCGUCGCGCCAUGGGAGCCGCCCGCCCGUGGGGGCCCGGGCCGUGAACCGCGCCUCGCCCCCUCCGAGUGCGGGGCGACAAGCCAUGCCAGCAUCGCCCCUUCCUGUGAGCUGGAGCUGCGGGCUGGCCGCGCCGCAGCUCUGAGUUAAUGCUGUAGCACCAGAGACCAGCAAUGGGAGUAUGCGGUUUUCUAUUGAAAAGUUCUCUCAAGAGCUCAUGAUUUUUUUCCAUCUCUCCUCUUAACAUUUCUACUACUCCGCAGACAUGGCUCACCAUGCGAGGCCUUCCAGAAUAGUCAAAAAGGAAGAGUUAGGUAAAAGGAAAACUAACCAGGGCAAAAAGAAAUCUAGCCAAGUAAGAAAGAAAACCACAAAGGCUUCCACAAAAGCUGUUAGUUCUGGAAAAGGCAAAAAGCCAGUGCAAGAAAAAGAUGUUAAGAAAAAACAGCAAGAAAAGAAACCAAUCAUGAGCUCUUCAGGUAGACUUCUCAGAAGCAGUGUAACCAGAGCCCUGUCUGGAGCAUCUUGGGUGAGUUUGGACAAAGCUGACAAUAUCCUCUUUCAUAACCAGGAUUCUUUCAACAUCAAUGGCUUUACAAUGUCUCUCCGUAACCGAUCGUUCUCCCGUAGAUUGUCCCAAACUCCAGCAAUUGCAAAACCCAGGAAAGCUGCAGUACAAAAAAGGCUAGAAACAAAGGAAAAACAUGAACAAGAAGCCCUGGCAGCAGUAGAAGAAAAAAGCGCUGAAGCAGGCGAAGGAGUUUUGAAAGAAGAUUUAGCACAAAAUGAGUUAGUGCCUCUGCCUGUAGAAGAUGCUCCAUGUAGUGCAGGUGAAGAGCCUGCUACCACAUGUGCUAGUCAAGAUGGAGAGGUAGAAAUACCUGAAGCAAAUAACUCCAUUCCAAGCAGUCAGGUAACUGAUAAUGAUACAGAAACGUCAGAGGUGACAUACAAGCAUGAAGACCUGUCCUGUGAGCAGAUACCCAGCGAUCUCGAUACAGGUAGUUCAGCUGAAGUAUUUGUUGAAGAUGCUGCACUUGUGCUUCCGUCUUCUCCUUCUGACUCCAUAAUCACCUCUGAAUCAAACUUGAAAGUGUCUGUAGAGACUCCCUUCGAUCUGGUGCCUAACAGUGAAGAACCUGACUCUGGUGCUGUCGAUACCUCAGACCUCACCUCAAUGGUACUGUUAGAAGAGUCGGUCCCACUUGCCAAAUCCCACAUAGAAGCAGAGUUGGACCUGGUGCUACCUAGGGAAGAACAAGACUCAAAUUCUGCAUCUGUAGUUACCUCUGAGUUUAACUCACAAGAACAUUCAUUAGAAGAUGCAAGCUCACUUGCAGAGUCCUGCUUGAAGGCAGACUGGGAUUUAGAGUCUGAGAAUAAAGAUAGUGAUUCAAAUUCCAGCUCUGUAGCUGCCACUGAAUCAAAUUCGCUUUUACGGUUUGAAGGUGCAAGCUCACUUGCAGAAUCCCACAUGAAGGUAGUUGUGGAUUUUGUACCCAUUCACAAAGAACUUGACUCAAAUUUGGAUUUGAGCUGUACAAGAGAGAAUUCAGAAUCUGAGUCAAACCCCACAUUUACAGUAUGUGAACCAGUUUCUGAUACCUCUUUAAACAAUAUUGAAGUGGAGGACAUUGAACAGCUUGUUAAAUGUAUUGAUGCAGAGACAUUAAUUUUGAAUUCAGGUUAUGUCCCCACUUUAUCUUCAGUUUUAGAAAAAAGCACAGUUGAUAAAAUCUCUGGUGAAAGCUCUGGACAAUUCUCUGAAGGUUUUAUUUCAGAGUUGCCUUCAAGCAUGGAAAUCUCUGCUCUUGCCUCAGAAAAAGCCAUAAAUGCGGAUUUGCCAGCUGACUCAAGACUGCAGCAUAAUGAUUAUUCAUCACAGCUGGGAAGUGUCAGAGUAAGCUUGAAUUUGGUUCAGGACAACGUGAGCGACAGCACUGAAGCAAUUGAGGCCUCAGGGUCGUCCUCUCUUAAAAAUCCAGCUGGUGGUUACCCUGUUCCAUAUUCAUCUCUGCUCCCUAUGCUAGAGAAAAAGAAACGAAGGCGUUGUGGAGUCUGUGAGCCCUGUCUGCGGAAAACAAAUUGUGAAGAAUGCAGCUGUUGCAGGAAACGCAAAACUAGUCACCGGAUAUGUAAAAAGAGAAAAUGUGAAGAACUGAAAAAGCCACCACCACCAAUCAUGUUACCUUUUGAGGUUCUAACUGAAAACAAAAGGCCUCAGAGGAGGAAGCAAAGAGUUUUAAAGGCAAAUUUAGAAAACAAACCAGUAAAUGGCCGCAGACCAGAACUCAUGGAAUGCAGUAUAUGUGGUCAUGGUGAAAAAUACAGGGUGAAAGCAAACCAAACAGUACCCAUUGAAAAUGUGCAGUGUAAGGAGAAAGAAAGAAUGACAGGCUUAGAAGCAGAGAAGUGGGCACAUAACGAGAAGCCAUCUUUUGGUGUCCAUGUCAACGGAGAUAUCCAUGGAACUGUGACAGGCAGCGAACACUUGAAAAAUGCUGAAGACAGUGAAAGAGCAGUCUCUCCCAGUCCAUUAGCUGAGCCAAAAAAAUCAUUUGCACAGACCAUCAAAAAUGGCAUAAAAACUCUACAUUAUUCACCACCGCCAGCAGUUGCUUCACUGAAAAAAGUAUCUGUAGAGGAAAGGACGGAUUUGACAAACAACUCUCAUGUGCAAUGGAUGAAGGGUAGCAAUCUGAAUAACUUAGUAAACACUCUGACAACUGGUGUUGGCUGUGUUCACCCAGAAAAACAAGGAAAUGUUUUAAUGAAAGAGGAAAACUGCACUUGUAGUCUCUUUGAGGGUUCUGGUAAGUCUGGUUUGCAGACGGGUUCCGCUUUGGAUCUGCAAGAAAGCUUGUGUUGUCCUCCACUGCCUGAAGAGGAAGUACAUGUAGGGAAGGACGGCUUUAAAGUACCUAAUGCAGAGACACAGCAUGAGGAUUCUUCACUCCAGCCGACUUUCUUGUCCCUGAUUAAAACCAGAAAUUUAACUGUAGAGCAGGUUGUAGCUAUUGAAGCUUUAACACAGUUAUCAGAAGCCCCUCUAGAAACAACUUCACCAGCUAAAACUGAAAGUACUGAAUAUACAGAAAAGACAACUUCGAACUUCCUCCAUAGUUAUAAAAGGGAUAUCUCAUCCUCCUUCACAUCUUCUGCAUUAAAAGAAAUCAAAGACACUUACUUACAGAAUGAGCAACAGCUCUUGGCUCACUGUGCUCACUCGCAGAAGCAGCUCCCUAAUAAGGCAGUGUUAUACAAUGGCCAAAGUUCAGUCCCUGAAUUGCAUGAUAAACCUGCCAGUCUGGCUGGUGAGAUGUAUAAAUUACAGUUAUCCUCAAGAGAUACCAAAACUUUAUCUGAUUUAACAUCUAAUGCAAAAUCAUUUUCAGGAUAUACUACCAAGAAAAAUUACGCUCAUCAUCCAGUCACCCUUGCACAGUAUUGCAAUGCUUCACGUAAUGUUCAGCAAACAAGUAACAACUUGGAAACUCUUGGUCAGUUAGAGCAAAAGCCAACCUCUAAUGAUUUGAACUUGGAAACUAGUUCUUUGAUUAAAGAAGGAGGAAUUCACAGCCAGGAUGAAGAGGAUGUAGCUACACAACUAACUCAACUUGCGGCGCUAAUUGAGUCAAACCAGACUAAUCCAGAGCAGAAAAAUGACAUAAAGACAUCGCUGCUUAAUCUAAUAUCACACGAGAGGCAGCCAAAAUACAACCAAGAUGUGUUGCAGAAAAAAGAAUCAGUGUUUUUUAGGCAUAAUUAUAGUUCCUUACUGUUAAAGCAAAAACAACCAACAAAUAAAAAAGGAAAUGCUGUACCAUGGAAACCAAGACACAAAAAGAAGCCUCAAGAAGCACGCUAUCAACAAAAUAAUCAAAGCCAGCUAGAGCUGUUGUCAUGCCAGCAUAGCGAGUUACAGGACAUUUGGAUAUCAUCAAAACUACACAAGCUUGGUCAAACCAUGCCACAGGACUCCAGAAUAGCUCCGUCUGAAAAAAAAUCUCCAAGAACCAAAGUACAGAGAGCACUGAAUCAAAAUACUUCAGCAUCACAAGAGAAAACUAGAUUAUUUCUCCCGCAAACACAGAUAAAAUUCCAUAGAUGUUUACCUGAGGUACUGCAAGAGAAAAAAAAAGACAGAUUGUUUGGCUGUGACGUCAUGAAUGAGCAAAUCAAAACUGCAGGUUCCGGUGACCCACUUGGCAUUGACCCACUGAAAAAUGAGGUUGUUGCAUGUAACCAACAUGGUGACCUGUCCUCCCGUAACCCUCUGGCCAUUUCACAAUUGAAAACUGCAUCCUUAUUGAACAGACCAAGUGAAAACCUACCGAUGUUUACAGAAAAAUGUAAUUCUCAGGUACAGCAAACAGCGAAUGUCAGUCAGACGCAUCCUUUGCCUCAAACUUGUAAUCAGUCUAACCUGAGAGCUAACGAAAUGCAUAGUGAAGACAAAACUUAUGUUCAGCACGGUGCUGUAGAACAAGUAGAUCUGAAGUCACCGGUGCUGCCUGUUCCCUGUGGUGGGGCCCAGGUACCAGGUUCUGCUGAAGCUCUCAGGAAUAUGGAGUGUGCGGGCGAAGUGACCGUUCUGACGUCAACCAGUUUGGGUACUGACCGCCCACAGAGCACAGGCGACUCAGGAUGUUCUCCAGCAAAAAACACGCUCAGCAGUUUCCUUGAAUCACCUAUGAAGUUUCUUGAUACCCCUACAAAAAAUUUAAUAGAUACACCUACAAAAAAAGGACAAUCUGAAUUGCCAACUUGUGACUGUGUUGAGCAAAUUAUAGAGAAAGAUGAAGGCCCAUAUUACACACACCUUGGGACAGGACCAAGUGUUGCUGCUGUGAGAGAAAUAAUGGAGAACAGGUAUGGAGCAAAAGGAAGCGCUGUAAGAAUAGAGGUAGUGGUUUAUACAGGAAAAGAAGGAAAAAGCUCUCAGGGGUGUCCAAUUGCAAAGUGGGUGAUACGAAGAAGUAGCGAUGAGGAAAAGUUGCUGUGCUUGGUACGUCAGCGUGCAGGACACCACUGCCAAACUGCCGUCAUCGUGAUUCUCAUACUGGCCUGGGAAGGGAUCCCGCAUCUCCUGGCUGAUACGCUGUACAAAGAACUGACACAGAGUCUCAGAAAAUACGGCUGUCCCACCAGCCGUAGAUGUGCGUUAAAUGAAGAUCGUACUUGUGCAUGUCAAGGACUUGAUCCAGAAACUUGUGGAGCGUCAUUCUCAUUUGGCUGUUCAUGGAGUAUGUAUUUCAAUGGCUGUAAGUUUGCCAGAAGCAAAAACCCCAGGAAAUUUAGGCUUCUCACAGAUGACCCUAAGCAAGAGGAACUUCUUGAAAAUAAUUUGCAAACUUUAGCUACUGAUUUGGCUCCGGUUUAUAAAAAGCUUGCUCCUGAAGCUUUCCAGAACCAGGUGGAGAAUGAACACAUGGGCCCAGACUGCCGGCUUGGAUCUAAGGACGGUAGGCCUUUCUCUGGUGUAACAGCUUGCAUAGAUUUCUGUGCCCAUGCCCAUAAGGAUACACAUAACAUGCACAAUGGAAGCACUGUGGUCUGUACAUUAACGAAGGAAGAUAACCGGAGAGUGGGGGUGAUUCCAAGUGAUGAACAGCUCCAUGUGUUACCUCUUUACAAAAUUUCACAAACAGAUGAAUUCGGCACCGAAGAGGGACUGGAAGCUAAGAUAAAAGCCGGAGCCAUACAGGUGCUCACAGCUUUUCCCAGGGAAGUACGAAUGUUAGCUGAGCCUCUCAGAGCUACAAAGAAAAAGAAACCAGACACAAGGAGGGCCCCGACUGAAAAGCAGCCAUUAAUGGAUAAAAAAUAUUCAACACCAGUAAAGCUGAAAAGUGAAGCCCCAGAAAAUCUUGGCAACGCUCUGCAUUGUUUAGGGAACAAAACAGAGGCUUUAAAACCUGGAAUAAAAACGGAGACUUCUGAUCACCUCUAUGCCAUGAAACAUACUUCAAACACUACUAAAAAUUGCUCUUUAUUAAAACAGUAUACGGCUUCCUCCCCUUUUAAGGUGGAUAGUUUACAUCCUUAUUCAUCUUUAGCACAUAAGCCUGGCAUAACAGCAGUGACUAAUAUUCAACAAGAUUUUUCAGUUCCCUACGGGUAUUUUGAAUGCAGUAGCAAGCAACCUCAUGUGACACCUUAUGUUAAUUGUAAGAACUUUGAUGUGUCUGUCAAAGAUUAUACUGGAAUUUUGCUGAAUGAUAAGAUGAAUGGUGUGCCACCGAUUCUUCCAGACGUCACUGCUCCAGGUCCCCCUGCCCAUAAAGACCCCCUGCCCACUAUACUUGAACGUCAGCCAGACAAACAGAAUUGUCAGCUUCAGUUAGACAAUUCUCCUUCUUCACAGAUGAUCAGCUCUUGUGAUUUGUCAGUACCGCUAAGAUCUCCAGCAAAGGAUGUAGUCGGAAACGAAGCCGACUGUUCCCAUGGAUGCCCAAUGGAAAAGGGCAGCUCCCUUCAAGAACAGAUGUGUGAUUUUGACUGUGUUGAUGAAAAGCAAAACAGUGCACUGGGACAACCGACUGAUUCUGAAGAAAAAGCUGAGGAACUGUGGUCAGACAGUGAGCACAAUUUUUUGGAUGAUGACAUUGGCGGGGUUGCUGUGGCACCUUCUCAUGGUUCUAUCUUAAUUGAAUGUGCGAGACGUGAACUCCAUGCUACCACACCUAUUAAAAAACCCAACCGCAAUCAUCCCACCAGAAUAUCUUUAGUUUUCUACCAACACAAAAAUUUAAAUGAGCCAAAACAUGGUUUAGCCAUGUGGGAAGCAAAGAUGGCUGAGAGGGCGAAAGAGAAAGAAAAAGAAGCAGAAAGAUUAGGAACAGAGAAUACUGAACUAAACUCUAGCAGUAGGAAAACAAAGCAAACAAGUGAAAACAGAGAUAUUUUUUAUGAAGACAAUGAGUUCAACCAAAUUCCAUCACGCAGAGCAUUAACAGUAACUAAGGAUAACGUAAUAACAGUAUCUUCUUAUGCCCUUACACGAGUUGCAGGGCCUUACAACCAUUGGGCAUAGGUUUUAGUAUCAAAUGCCUCCUCUUGGUGCAGUGUUACACAGUGUUUCUUUAAGGUGCUGUUAAAGAACAAGUCUCGUGUCGUUUACUAUUUGCUCAUCUCAACCAUUUUAAGGCUGAGGUAAAAAAACGGGGGGGGGGAGGGGGUGUUCUUCUUAAACUGUGACUUUAACAUUUGGUGGUGCUCAAGCACAUUUUAAGCAAAAAAAAAAAAAGUUGUAUAGUUUUAAUACAUUCUAAAAAAGAUUUUGUUUAGGUUAUUAACCUUGAUUGAAUCAUUCAGUUUAUUACCUGUAGGAAUUUAUAUUUUGGUGCUUUAAAUCAAGUCUGUUUACUACAAAAAUCAUUUAUAGGGAUUUUAACAGGUUCACAGUUUAUGGCGUUAAAUCAAGUUAUACAGUAAUAGCUCUACACAGCUCUUGGUGCUUAACCACAUCAAACAGUUAAAAAUAAAUAAGCUGAAUUAUUACUUCAUGGUGCCAUUGCUUUAACAACUUCCAACCAUUGCUAUAUAGUCCAAAUUACAGAUAAAUCUUUUAGAAAACCAAUGAAAUUUUUUCUCGAGAUUUGUCAUUAUGUAUGAAAUGAAGUUAUCAGUAAUGAUGGCUGGAAGUUGUUUUUAAGCUGUAAAUAUAUAUUUUAAAAGCACUUUCUAUUUUUAAAAUUAACUUGAAAUAGUAUAGUAUAAGGAUCAUAUUGUCUAUGGUUUGUGCAUACUCUACAGAAGAAAUAAUUUUAUUCUUGCUGUGUAGAGUUCCAUAUUGUUACAGCUGUAGUAUAUAUGCUAAUAGCAUAUGUGAUUGUUCUUAGACUUGCCCUUUUUCAUGGAAGAUUUUAUGUUGCAUAUAAACAACAGUUAUAAAGUACAGAAACAUUUUUAUUAUAUUCAAGAGAGUGUACAAACAUGAAAUUAGGAGACGUCCUGUCAAUGUCUGUGUUGUUACUGGGAGUUAGGAAUAUUAUUUGUUCUUUUUAAAGGCAGCAUUUCUUACGAUUUCUUUGAGCAAUAAGUGCGUAAGUCUCAUUCGUUUGGAGCAUUAUAAGUUAACAUGACAACCAAAUGUUCCUAAUGCCUCAGGGGUAGGAUUGUUUUGGGAUUAAAAAAAAAAAAUACCCCCUAGAGUUGCCUUAUUCUAUUCUGGAAAAAAAAAAAAAACCCACAUUUUUUUGGGAAAGUACAAAGGAAGUGUUGGAAAAGUAUGAGAUUUCUAAUAUUUAACAGCAAAUUUUUCAUUAAGAAUAACCUAUCUGUAAUAUUCACCAGCUUUCUAAGUUCAGUUUUUUUACAAAAAUGUUUUGUAAAUUUCUGAAGUUAUUUAUACAUUUCAUGGAGGAAGGGUUGUAGUCUUCCUUCCAAACAUACAAAAUCUGUGUUCUCAGAUUCUGUUGAAAAAGUGACAUAUCAUGGAACAAAUAUUUGCUAAACCAGAGGAAAGAGACACUCCCAUUGCUUUUAAAUACUGUAGCAUCCCACCCUUCUUUCUGAUUCUCCUCUCCUGUGUAUUUCUUUUUUAAACUUAUUUAUUUAAACAAAUUACCAAAUGACAACGUUAGCGAAGGACUGACCUCAUCCUGCAACUUCUUCCAUGAGAACCGCUCUGCGUAGCCAUACCUGCCCAGUCAGAGCCAGGAGGACCUCUCAAGCCAGGACUCCUCUUGUGACUGUGAGCUGCAGGAUCAGGCCCCAGAGACGAAGCUGUACCUUAAUUCUGCCUCGGAGUCCUCCCCGGCUGGGUAACCUGUAGGUAUAACGAGGUCAGAGUUUUCCAGUGCGAAAAUAUACUAAUAAUAUACUUGAUAAUAUUAUAAUGUAGUGGUGCUGUAACAGAGGAAUAUGAAAUAUCUAGAUCUGCUUUAUUUAAAACCUAGACAAGGUGCUUUUUCCUUGAAACGUUGAACUCUAAGCGCUAUAUUUACAGUUUCGGUACGAAAAAGUACAUAAAUUGUAUUUUUAACACAUAGUGCCAGUUAGGACCUUGGUGCUACAAAUACUUAAAUGUGGCUGUAGAUCAAUGAGACUGUUCUCCUGUAUAAAUGUAUACACGUGUAGUGUUUGCAGGAGCAAGGUCUGAAGUAGCAAUCACUAUGUAACAACCCUGGGUUCAAUUCCACAGACUCCUGUCAAAAAUAACAAAAAUGUUGAUGGCAGAGGAUGGACGAAUUGAACCCAUUCUUUGUAUCUUACCUAUUUUAAGUAAAAUUUGUAAAAACCGGGUAUGCUGCAAAUUUUAGUUCAAAGCUUAAUAUUAGUUCAAAUAGAGGAUAUGAAGGGAUUGUAAAUAAUAAAACAAAACCAAUAUUAUGCCAUCAUUUUGUACCAGCAGUUUUAUGCUUAUUGACUAUGUAAUAUACGGUAUACAUCAAAUCAUUAUGGUAUUUUGUGUGCCUUAGAUUUCCAUUUUAAAACUUGUAUAUUUUUGGUGAGCUGAAGACUAGCAAGAAUUCCAGCUGUCCAUACAGUAAGUAGUACUGUACGUUCCCUAGCUGUUCCAUUCAUGUAUUUGCUAUCUGAAAACCCUUGUCCACCACGAUCCAUCAUUUACAGAGAAGAUUAGUGCGGAUCAUUUUAGUUUCUGUAAUACACACCAAAAAAAUGAUUUCUCAUUUAGCACUCCCAUAUAAAUAAUUUUUCUACGCAAAGUAAGUUACAGAGCCAUCUCUUUACCUUUUAAAAUGUUCAGAUCAUUAAAGUGAAUCAUUUUUACUUGAAUCUUCCCCUGUAAAUGCCCAUGUUUAACUUAUGUAUGAUUGGAAACUUCACGAUAAAAAUUUCAAUUGAAAAACCAGCAGUUUUCCUCAAAGAAGUGAGAAACUGAAAGGUGAAUCUACCAGGAUACCUCCAAACACAGCCCUUGGCAAGUCACUGCUCAAGUGACUGCACCAACAGACUUUCAGUAAGUCCAGGUCUACCUUUUUUGAAAUGGCAAUUUUAACAGAGAAAAGGUUAUCUUCACAGAAUAGUUAAUGCUAUUUACUGAUGGGUGCUAAAACUCACAGUUACUACUUUAUUAAGAUUAUUUACAUGAGGAAAAUGUAUCAUUUAUACAAUAAAAUAUCAUUUGCGGUGCUCUUUCUUUGACUGUCUUAUCACAUAACUACUUUUUGAACAUGUACCUACAGGUCGGUCAGCUGGCCGCUUUCAUUUCCUGCUGUGGCACACAGCAGGUUGUGAUCUGACAAGCUAAUAUUUUCUAUUGCUGUACUGCGGUAUAGAAAAUGCAACUAUUUACUGUUUUUACAACUGUGUGCUAUUUAUUGUAACAUUUCAGAAUAUUUAUCAGUCUUGUACACAACUUAUGUUGUUUUGGGUAAGGUUAUCGUUUCAUAUCAGUAUUUGUCUCUUACAAUUUGCAGCUCUGUGGGUCUAUUGCUUUCCUUUGCAGCCUGCACCACCACUUGUAACUCGCUCUUACCCCUUAACAAAGUCCUUCCAGGAUGGCCAAAUCAGGAGCUGGAUAAAAAUUAAGGUAGCUGGUUAAGUCAGACCUGCAUAUUUUACUUGGUUUCCAACAGCUGGCACUGUGCUGUGGGUGAAAAACCAGAAAAUGGAUUCAGGUGUGGGCUGGUGGUGGGGCGUGUUUGUCUUCUGAUCCUUUUUCACAGUAUGCUAGCAAAAACUGUCGUGAUCCAACAUGGGACACCUCUGGCUUCCCAGAAGAAAUGUGUGUCAUCCUUUUCUCCGCUGGGGCCAGUACCACCACUCUCCCUUUGCUCCAGAGGUGGAGUAGUGCUUUCUGCAGGAGUCGGUUCUGUUUGACUCCUUGAGUCCCUGUUGGAGUUACUGCACUCAUGCCCAAUUAAAUCGUGAACUUUACUCAUGCAGUUUCUCUGUGCUUACUGAUUUGUAACAUGCUAUUGUAUUACAGAAAAUAGAAUAAAUUAUUCCUAUAAAUAUUUUAGCCACAAGAUCCAGAAAGCUUUUUAAGAACUUACAAAUACUUGUGGCUUUCUACCUGUAAUGGCUGUAUUCAGAUUUACUUUGUUUCAUAAAACAAAGUCCGUAGACUUUAUAAGCUAACCUUUACUUAGGAAUAACUGCUGUUAAAAGUCUUUUACCGAUGUCAGUGCUUCUUUAUACCUAGAACAGGAAAUAACUAGUAUCUUAAGCAACGUUUUAUGUUAAGCAUGGGUAAAUGACAACUACUUUAGUACUUAAGAUUACUUGUAACAUACAACUGUUUGGGGCUUUUUAAAGACCUUUUUAAUGUCAUUGCAGUAUUAUGCUAAAUUUGGUGGGUUAAAUUUGGGUCUAUUUAUGUUGCUGCAGCCCCAUUGACUGCAAUGUGCUCAUUCAUCAAGCUUUCAUGCAAUUUUCAUAUGUAACUGAUGGAUAUGGAUAACAGUUGACCAAAGUCAGUGCUGACUCAAGACGCUUGUGGCCCUACCACAAUUAACAGGUUUGGAAGGGCAAAUGGAGAGAGAUUUGGAGUAGAUGUCGUACUUCUGGUUAAACAGAGAGGUUUUAUUUUUUGUAGCAUGAGAAGUGAUUCAGGGUCUGUAGGGAGACAUAAUAACCUUCACCUCAAAUUUCAGACAGGCAGGCAGGUCUUUUUCAGACCACCUUCAGGCUUAUGCUUUUGAUAGCUUUUUUGAUUUUUCUUAAUGUGAUAGGUUGUUCAAUGAGAGAGAGUUGUUGCAGAAGCAUGCUAGUAAAACUGCAUCUUGAUGGUUUUGUAUUUAAAACAUACGGUCAGUCUUGCCCUCUCACAUCCCAUGAAAUUUCUCUCAUGUUGAAAUUAGGUCUUCUUAUCAAGCAGUCAUCAGUUUUGUAAUCCAUUUAUACGUAUAGGAAUUUUCUCCUUUUUUCUGUAGAAAUCUGGUACUUUCUAGGUUAACAGGAGGAAAUAACUGGGCCCUCAGAUACACGGAAAACUAAAUGGCAUGUCCACUUUUGUAUAUGUUACCAGCACAGGCAGCACUGAGCAAACUCUCUUUCAGGUCUGUUGUGGUUGCUAAAAUUCAGCUUAGGGUUUUUGUGACUCAUCUACCAUAAAAUGGUGGUUUAUUUCUUGACUGAAAGGUGUUUGCCCAACUGUGGCCUAUGAUACUGUCUAUGAUCUGAUCUUAAGUUAAACAAUUAGAGAUGAGAAGCAGUCCAAUCACAUUUGGAAAUUCUGGCUUUCUUCUUAAUUUUAUCAGGUGUUGAUCUGACCUUCAGGAGCAAGUGUUUAGGGAGUAUCUUUCCAUAAAAUUAGACUGUAGAGAAAGUUGCCAUUGAUUAUUGUGACACCAUGGUACUGCCCUGCAGUGUCUGUUACAGCACUGUUUCGAAGCAGUAAGGGUGUGUUGCCAUGUCACGCAGCUGUGGAUAGAUGUAUGAAUUCAUCUUUCCACGGUUCCUCUGGAGACGGUAACCUCUCCUUUGUCCUCUGCCUGCAUAUACUGGUUUAAGGGAGAAAAAAAAAAAAGAGGAGGGAGAGAGCUUGUCACCCUUUAAUCUGUGUAGAUGAACAAGACAGCGAGCACUGCCAUCACCACCAGUCUGCUGCUCCUUCUCAUGAUCAAACUAUAGAAUGUGGAAAGCUGAUGGGGUGCACAGCAUGAGUAAGUCGCAGCAAAACUGCAAAGGUACAGCUGGCUUUCGAGACAGACUUCUCUGUACAGAUGUUGUAGUUGCCAGGGUACUUCUUUAUAUUGGUACAUCUAACUUUAAAUUCAUAUGCUUUUUUUUAUUUAGUCUGUGACACGUUUAUGUUCUCCUGUAAUCUUAAAGAGUGGCCGGUGUGAAAAGUCCUGAGGAUGUGGCUGCUUAGUGGAACAGUACAGAAACUGGCUUCAGUGUCUUCUGGAAUUACCUGAUGUUUAGUCAGUUUUCACAAGUUGUCUGCAUGCAGCUCCAGUAUGCUGCUGCAAAAUUGUAUUUACAUAAAGGAAGGAUUUUUAUACUUGAGCUUUUCUUAAAGACCAGGGAUUUCUAAUAGUAGUAUCUAAUCAGGCACCAGCUGACAUAUGGAUCACUUCUUCUAAAGAGUGGUUGAAAAUGUAUUUUGUGUUUACUUUAUUACUUCCCUAUUAAAACUUCUUUGGCUGUUGUAGAGGAGUGAGCAAAACUUUUUAAUACUGUCAUUUACAUACCUGACUAAAUUAUGAAGACUUAAUUCUACAUAAUGCUGUGUUGUCUCGCUGAAGAAUACCUAAUUUGACUAAUGCUGAUGAGUAGGUAAUGCUUACUACUGUAUGGAUGAUGUCAAAUACUACAGCCACUCUUCUCACUCCCUGGUCUCUUUACGGACCAGCUGUUGUGGCUAGUUAUUUUCAGUCAGUGCUAGAUCACACUAUAACCUGCUGCUCAAUGCUGCUUUAAAUGCUUGUAGCUGCUCCUGAAGUUCUUCCUAAUCCUCUGCAGAUCUGCUUCAGUUCGGCAUUAGCAGUAUAGCUGCCAGCCUGCUUGUGAACUCCCCAUGCACAACUGUUGCUGCUUUGUAUGUAAAUCAGCCUGUCUUCAUCUCAGGAAUAUUGUAAGAGUCUGUUCUUCUGACUCUUCCAAAAUCUGUUUCCUUCAGUCAUCUUUUAUUCUGUGUAGGACAGUUCUAGGCUUUGGGGUUUUUUUUUACUGCAUGUUCUCUCAUAGGAAGCCUAGAAUAUUGCAGUUAGACUUUUUUUUUUUCAUUCCAAAAAAGAGGAACAAUUCAUUAUAUGUCACAAUCAGUGUUUUCUUACUGUUUAAGUCAAAUAAUCAAUUUUCCAGUUAAUGUUCACAUUUCUUGAUGUAGUUGUUGCCCUCUGUCCUUAUAGCCGUAAUUAGCCAAACAAAAGAGAAUUUGCAAGACUAGAAAACUGCUUACCCCCUGCAAAGGAAAAACCAUCCCUUCUCAGAAUACAAUAUUUGCUUCUGUUGCUAGCACCUCUAUGGAAUGCCCUCUUUUCUUCUGAGUUAAUCUACCAGCUCUGCUCAAAUCUUGUCAUAAGACAGAUGCUGCAGAGACUGCACAAUUACAAGAGCAGAAGUGUUUCUUUACAUCUGGUUAGAUCAGUCACAGUCCUUGUGAGAAACCCGAGUACUGCGUAAGUUAAAUGCUUUAACCAACACAGGACUGCUUGGAAAAAAGAUGUUCUUCCUCUGUAGCAGCAAGUGGAAUUGAUUGAGCUUGACCAGAAAAUAUUUAAGUAGUUCCUGUCUUUUAUUAAAGGGUAUAGGGGCGUCAGCAUCAAUGUUUUCCUCUUUCCAAUAUAUAAAGACUUUAGGACUCUUUUUCAAUCCAGUUCCCCAGUUCAUCAUCCCAACAUUGUUUGCAGUGUUUAACUGUACACAUACUUGUAACUUCAGUUACAAGGUGCUUCUUGGUGCUGUAUCCUUAAUUCUUCCCACAACAGUAUAUUUUUCUCAUCGUGUACUGAUUAUAUAUGUAUUUUUUCCACACAUACUUAUAUUAAGGUGCUGGAAUCUUCCAACAGCAUACUUACAGUGAAUGCAAGACUGGGGUGCUAAAUAACGUGAUGUGAAGGUGACUUGCUCUGUUUGGUAUUGACCCAUUAACAAUGCUUGUUUUAACACUUUGCACACCUUACUACCUUUCCUCAUAAGGUCAGAGGAUGCAGGUGUAGACCUCAAAAAACCUACAUACGUAAGGAGGACAGAUUUGGCAGUUAAUCUACAAAGCUACCAGUUAGAGCAGAUGAACUGUAUUCCAAAGAAGUGCUGUUGCAGUGGGCCAAGGGAAGUGCUAGUUUGAUGCUCGGUAUUGCAGUUGUUGCCACAAAACAUUUUAAUACUGUUGUGGAAAGUUUUGUGACCUGGUCAAUAUUUUACAUGUAUGUCUGUAUUUUUAAUAUUGUAAUGGAAAAGGGGUCUAGGGUUUGGGAGUCAUCUUAAAAUAAGAAUGAAGGCCCUGAUUCUCAUUCAUACUACUGUCCUUUGCAUCACAUUAAAAGGAUAAAAGGGCCUUAAAUGUUGUCCAUUUAGCUUGCAUCCUUCAGAGUAUCCCGUUACACUGAUAACGAUAAUUUUAUGCAAAGGUCAGUAGUAUAAAUCAAAACCGUUACCAAAUGACUGAUUUGUACAAUCAUGUGAAAUCAAUUUAAUAUCAUCCCCAUUGUGCACAUACUGGCCAGUAACAUCCAGAUUGUUCUUAGUUUAGAAAUACAGGUUGAAAAUAAACUGGCUUGGUUUUCAUCAGGUUUUAAGUAUACACUUAUAUUGGCUGUCCUUUUCCCAGCAUUGGCUACAGACAGUGGUAAAAGAUUUGUACCAAUACGUAACAGCCUGGCCAGAAAUCUCACAGAAUUGUCAAUAAUACUAUUUCUGAGCUUUGGUAGUUUUUCUUAAAAUACUUGCUUCCCUUUUAUCAUAACUUGAUCUUUUUUACUUGAUUAUACAAAAUGGGGUUGUGACAAUCUACUGAACUCCGUUCUUCUCUGACUUAAGACCCAACAGGGUGUGCGGUAUUGUGUGGUGUUGUCACACUGUGGUGCGUUUUUAGACACAGAGCUAAAAGCCAGCAUUUUCUGACUGCCCUAACUGUGGUGAUACUCCACAGUGAAACCAUUGGCACUGCCCUGUGUGCUUGAGUCACGCAGGGAGAGCUUCCCUCGGUGCCAGUGGAAGCUUUAUGUAAGCAUCGAGCCCUGCUACAUUGUAGUUAUGAAAUGCAAUGCAAUGCAAACUUCUAUUAAAAAAAAAUUGAGGAAAAGAAAAUGUAUUUUCAUUCUUAAAUUUCUAAACUGCAGUGGUACUGCAGAGCCUAAUGAGAACAGAUUCCAUGCUAACUUUGUGAAUGUCGAGUCUAAUCCAUGCAACUCGAAAGGCAGCGUCUGAACUUCAUGAAUCUCUUGUCCUCAAAAUGAAAAAAUAACCGUAGGCAAGAAAAACAAAUGUGAUAUCCCAGUACCACUAUAAGAAAGCCAGGUCUAACUAAUACAAACAUUCAAACAUUUCAGUCUUUAACAAUUAAUUAUUCUACAAUUAUUUGUUCAGUUUGGAAGAGACGGCUCUUUAUAAUGUGACAAUAUCAAAUAUCACACCAGCUCAUAAAUACUGUUCAGAAUUUGCUGUCAAAAAAACGUACAUUAAUAUGUAAGGACACAGUGUACUGAAAUGCUACAGCUAAUGAAUUCUCUCCUGCUUUGCAAAAUCAAAAGAUUAGUAGUACACCAAAGCAAAAAAAAAAAAAAAAAAGUCAGCAUUUUUUUCUUUCCUUCUCUCCUUUUCUCUCUUUCUUUUUCUUUAUUUGGGAUGCAUUGAUAUUUAUUUUUCAACUUUGAAUUUGAGGGUUUGGAUUAUUUCCAGUUACCAGCCUACUGUAUUUAGACCGGGAACAUAAUAUUAACUUUUUUUAAACAAAAGAUGAUGUACAGGGAGGAAAAAAUCAGAAAGAAAAAGCACUUCAUUAUGUCACAGUAUUUACAGGAGAAAGUACAAAAAUUACUUCUGUUCUCAAAAAUCAUUUGGGCCUGAUUCUUUCCUAGUAUAACAGCAUAGCUUCAUGAGGCUGGUGGAGCUGUGGAGAGUUACGCUAGCUGAGAAACUGAACCUUAAAAUCUUCUUUGCAGACAAGGGAACCCUUACCAGCAGUACUUGAAGACUUGUGAGUUGUGACUGCAUGUUACUUGAAAGAUCUAAUUAAGCUAUGUUUUUUGGUGCAAGCAGUUGUUGUACAUGAUUUCAUGUUUAUGUAGCAAGAUGCAUUGAAAUGUUGAUACUAGUAUUGAAACAUACAUGUAAAAAUUGUUGUUGUGGAAAUUGUCUGUUCUAUUUUCCUUGUGUGUCUCAUCUGUUUAGAACGUAAACUUUCUUUUUUUUUUUUAAUUGUCCUAACUGAAUAAGGCUAAAUGAAUACUGUAAUUGAAAAUAUAUUUUAAAUCUUGUCAUGAGUUUUUAAAAAGACUAUUACAAAUUGUAUCAUUCCUGAUUACACAGAACUUUGUGGGUGGUUUUAAAUAAAUUUUAUACUUCUAUUUUGCA